AUGGAAUCCGCAGCACAGAACGAUGAUCAACAAAAUGUAUCCGAUUUGCUUUUGGAUACAUCCGAAAUGGGCGACGAAGCAGAUUUGGAAUCCAUGCGUAAACGAAUACGAGAAAUGGAGGAAGAAGCAGAAAAACUGAAACAAAUGCAACUGGAAGUUGAAAAGCAAAUGCAAUUGCCCAGUACGCCUGGUACACCUCCAUUUCCAACCAUCGAAGAAAAAAUGGAAGCAGAUUUACGAUCGGUCUAUGUGGGAAAUGUGGAUUAUUCGGCAACAGCACAAGAACUUGAAAAUCAUUUUCAUGGCUGUGGUUCAAUUCACAGAGUGACGAUAUUAUGUGAUAAAUUUACUGGUCAACCGAAAGGUUUUGCCUAUGUUGAAUUCUCUGACAAAGAUUCUGUACAGACUGCUCUUGCACUUGACGAUUCUCUCUUCAAAGGACGUCAGAUUAAAGUAACUGAAAAACGAACAAAUCGUCCUGGUGUAUCAUCUACAGAUCGACCACCUCGUGGUGGACUUCGUGGUUUUGGGCGUGGCCGAUUUCCUCGCGGUGGCGCCUAUAUGCCUUACAUAUCUGCUCCAUAUCGUGGCCGAGGCGCUCGACCAUUCUUCCGGGGACGCGGUCGAUCGAGUUAUUUCUUUGCGCCCUAUUAA